AUGCUACGCGUCGAAAAUCACAUGGACGAACCUAGAGAAGGUAACCAACAUUCACUUGCCAGAGAAUAUGAGGCUAUUGUCUCCAUCGGUGGGGAUUAUGAGCCACCCCCUGGGCUGGAGAACCUCAUAUCGCGUGCCGCUGACACCGCCCUUGACGCCAUCGGAGACAAGACAUUCUCCUACGAAGAUGGUCCUGCACUAUUUGAUCUUGCGUAUUACCACAAAGGCUGGAAAUACCUGAAGACAUCGGUGUUACCCGUCGUCGAGAGCAACAUCAUUUCGACGGCAUUCGUAUUGAAUUUCCUCAAGACGUUGCAUCAAAGCAUGAGGCGCAGGCAGGUCCCACAAGAAGAGGCCAAAUCAGCAUACAAGAAGCUGGCACAGCUUGCGAUUCAAAACUUUGAUAGCGCUGCCUCGGCGCCAUCUGCGCCAACCACGAGCGUCUCUGCCCACUCCUCGAUGCUAUGGUUCAUCUCCUCUCUUUUCGAACUUGGCCUCGAAGAGCAACUGAAUCUUUUCCUCGAUGCUCAAUGGGUUGGACACAUCGGAGGGGAUGAAUUUAAGUCACUCUGGAUCCCGCUGCUCCAGGACCUGUUUCACGUCAUUGGUAAACAUGGGGUUCUGCUUUCGGAACCUCGGUGGUUGGUCUUCUAUCAGAGCAUCAUCACCGCCUACUUAUUCACCUGCGUCGGGGAACGCCCCAAGGAGACAUACUCGACCAAAACGGUGGAAUGCCUAAUUCGUUGCAAAGACUGCACCGCCCUGAAUGAGUUUCUCGCCGACCCUACCCGACAAGUGGGUUGUUUCCCUCUGGCCAAGGCUCGAAGACAACAUUUGCACUCUCGAAUCGAAGCCGCUGGAGACCACUGCACACACGAGACUGUACGAUCGACCAGGCCGGAGACCCUGGUGGUGACGAAGAGAAGCAGCGGGUGCGAGGCGGAUGUGAAGAGCUGGGAGGAGCGGCGGGUGCAGGCAGAGAAGCAGCUCGACGCGUUCGACCAGCAGAAAUUGCGCGUCGUGCUGGCAGACCUAUAUCAGGACAUCAUGAGCAUGGCGAUCCUCGAGAGCGAAGGCAUCGCUUCCGGACAGACUAAUUCAUCCUCUACACGGAAUCCUCGACCACCGCUUGCACCAGUGUCAGGCAACCCAGCGUAG